AUGACGAUAACUUUCAGUUCCCCCAGGAGCAAAUCUUCACACCAGUUUGCCCGGCUUCACCUACACGAGUUCGAGGACCAUUCCGAUUCCGAAGAAGUUCUUCCGUACAAAUUGGAAAACAACUACGCAUAUCUCGUUAAGUGUAAAAAUGUACAACCUCAGGCAAAGCAACGAUCUGCGUCCGCCGGUGCCCGCAGUAGUUUCGUCCGAGAUAUGGAGGCUCGUUUGGCAGGACUUCGACAUGAGAAGAUGAAGUCGCAGAUGUCUGGAGCUUCACGAGAUGAACGCUUGAGUGGUUUACUUUACGAUCCUGACUUCGACUGCUACUAUAACCCAGUCGACGAUCAGUACUACAGGCUUCAGCCUACUAGCAAGGAUUCUUAA